UCCAAAUCACGUGCGAGGAAAGUUUUCGGGGAUCGUUGAUCGCCUCUAGCACCGUUUGACCGGUGGGCGUUUUCUCCCGUCCUUGGGCCCUACCGCCGGCGUCUCCAGCCGGAGCGUUGGGUAGCAGCAAGGAAAGUUUUAUGGGAUCGUUCAUCGCCUCUUGCUCCGUUUGAUUGGUUGCCGUAUUCUCCCGUCCUUGGCCCUUACCUUCGGCGUCCCCAGCUGGAGCGUCUGGUGGCAUCAGGUUAUCCGUGCCGUUCUUGUUAUUGUUUCUUUUAUUUCGUCCAUUGCUGUGUUCUGCCUUCGCCUCAUCCUCGGUGCGUGAAACGAAGAUUGCUCCCAAUAAGUCGCUCCGCCCGUUCACCAUCGCUGAUACCACCCGUCGACGGCUGUCGAUUUGGGUUUUCCUUUACCUGAUCUUCUUGCCGAUUGGGCUCCAAGAAUCUCGUCUUUUGGAGAUCAGACGUUCGAGAGAACCCAAUAGGUGCCCAUGAACAAGGAAUUGACUAGGUAAUGCGGAUGAAAAAGGUCGGAAAGUACGAUGUUGUUAGAACCAUUGGACAGGGGACCUUUGCCAAGGUCAAGUCUGCUGUCAAUACAGAGACCGGCGAGAUCGUUGCCAUGAAAGUGCUAGCAAAGAAUACCAUCCUUGAACAUAGGAUGGUCCAUCAGAUAAAGAGAGAAAUAUCCAUAAUGAAGAUUGUGAGGCACCCAAACAUAGUUAGACUGCAUGAGGUUUUGGCUAGCACAACAAAGAUAUACAUCAUUCUGGAACUUAUCACAGGUGGUGAACUAUAUGACAAAAUAGUUCACCAACGAAAGCUUUGUGAGAAUGAAUCUAGAUGUUUCUUCCAGCAACUUAUUGAUGCAGUUGACUAUUGCCAUAGCAAGGGUGUCUACCACAGGGAUUUAAAGCCCGAAAAUCUUCUUCUUGACUACGAAGGAAACCUGAAAGUGUCAGAUUUUGGACUAAGUGCAUUGCCUCAGAAAGGGGUCGGGCUUCUCCAUACAACUUGUGGUACCCCUAAUUAUGUUGCUCCUGAGGUACUCAAUCAACAAGGUUAUGAUGGUUCUGCAGCAGAUGUGUGGUCAUGCGGAGUCAUCCUAUAUGUCCUGAUGGCUGGAUAUCUCCCAUUUAACGAGACUAAUCUUCAAACCUUGUAUGAAAAGAUCAAUGCAGCAGAAUUUACCUGCCCUGCCUGGUUCUCUUCAGGAGCAAAGUCAUUGAUAUACAGAAUACUUGAUCCAAACCCAAAAACUCGUAUUAACAUUGGAGGAAUAAAAAAUGAUGCAUGGUUCCAGAUAAAUUAUGUUGCUGUUCGGCAUGGUGUUGAGGAAGAAGUCAAUUUAGAUGAUAUUGAUGCUGUUUUUAAUGACAUUGAGGAUCAAUAUGUAACUGAACGAGUACAAGAUACUGAUAAUGGUCCUCUUAUAAUGAAUGCUUUUGAGAUGAUAACCUUAUCUCAAGGGUUGGACCUUUCAGCACUAUUUGAUAGACGCCAGGAAUAUGUGAAUCGCCAAACUCGUUUUGUCUCACGCCAACCAGCUAAGACCAUUAUAGCAACUAUUGAAGCUGUGGCAGAAUCUAUCGGCUUCAAGGUUCAUUCCCAAAACUACAAGUAUCGUACCGGUGUUUCGAUCUGGGCUCGGUGCUGGUACGGUACGGUACGGUAUACCGAGCGGUACACCCAGGCCAUUGUGAAAAAGAUGAGGCUUGAAGGAUUGUCUACAAGUAAGAUGCAUCAGCUUGCUGUUGUAUUGGAGGUCUUCGAAGUAGCGCCUUCCCUUUUCAUGGUUGAUGUUCGCAAGGUUUCUGGUGAUACCCUAGAAUAUCACAAGUUCUACAAGAACUUGUGCAAUAAGCUGGAGAAUAUUAUCUGGAGACCAGACAAAGUAUCUUGAACUAAGACUUGCUGAGAUCAGCUGGAAGAUUCAGAUGAACCGGUGUAAAGUAAUCCUGCGAAUGAGUUAUUUGUCUGUAUUCAGUGGCAAGUCUAUUCAGUACAUGUUUCAGAAUUGUAUUUACUAUAAAAUCAAUGGACUUAUAUGUAGAGUAUCAGUGUGAUGUUUUAGAUACUAUAAAAUACGGUCAAUAAUGGAGAUGAAUUACGUCAAAGUAGUUUUGCUUUGA